AUGGAUGAAAACCUGCUGGAGACUGGAGACCUCAGUCUGACUCUGAUAUGGCCCAAAGAGAGCGACGAGAACAUCUACACCUGCAGAGUUUAUAACAAGAAUGGAGAAGUCCUGAUGAUGAAAGACGUCUGGCUAAGGGUCAAAGUCCAACAGGUGGAGGUGGAAUCAGGGGUGGAGUCUGUCCUGCUGCCCUGGAGAAUCACAGAGGAUCUGGAUGGAGUCGUUAAGGUGGAGUGGAAGGAUAAAUACAAAAGGAUAGUCCAUGUGUAUCAGAACGGUUCUGAUCAACCUGGAGAACAGAACCAGAUCUACAGAAACAGAACCAAGAUGGAUGAAAACCUGCUGGAGAAUAAAAACCUCAGUCUGACUCUGAGAUGGCCCAAAGAGAGAGAGACAGGGAUCUACACCUGCAGAGUCUUCAACAGAGAGGGAACAAUCCUGAUGAUGAAAGAUUUUCUGCUCCAGGUCAAAGUCCAACAGGUGGUGGAGGUGGAACCAGGGGUGGAGUCUGUCCUGCUGCCCUGGAGAAUCAGAGAGGAUCUGGAUGAAGACGUUAGAGUGGAGUGGAGGGACGGAUCACAUGAUCUGGUCCAUGUGUAUCCGAACGGUUCUGAUCAUCCUGGAGAAAAGAACCAGUUCUACAGAACCAGAACCAAGAUGGAUGAAAACCUGCUGGAGAAUAAAAACCUCAGUCUGACUCUCAGAUGGCCCAGUGAGAGAGACACUGGGAAGUACACCUGCACCGUCUACAUAGAGGGAACCAUCUUGAUGAUGAAAGAUGUUCAGCUCCAGGUCAAAGGGACAGUCCAGAACCAACCAGAGGACACCAGGACCAGAAGCAACCCUACCGAUCCUCUAAUGGAUUAUCAAUCAGUCUGAUCAGGUUGAUCAAUCUCUGGUUAUUGAUCCAGUCAGACUUUGGAUCAGAGCCGAUCUCAGUGAAGGUUCUGAUGGACCAACAGAGGAAACUUCCUGGUCCUCUGGUCCAGUCUGCAGCCUCUUAUUGAUCACUAUUGAUUAUUGAUGACAGAAUGAGAAUCUGAAGGAACUGAAGGAAACAGUUAAAGACUGGAACUGGAACUGGAACUGGAACUGGAUCCAUCAGAGAGAAGAACAGUUCAGUUUGACCCAGAACCUCCUGAUCAUCAUCAUCAUCAUCAUCACCAUCAUAAUAUAUAUAAUCUGACUCUGAGAAUCAUCCUAAACCGUCCAUCUGGUUUCUAUAUGAAUCCUGCCUUAUUAAUGUUUUCAUUAUAAAUAAUAGAAGCUUCUUUAUUUCACUUUUUAUUUUAAACAGAAUUUGAUUGUAAAAGUAAAAACCUACUAACACCUUAAACUGUUAUUUUACAUAAAAUGCAGAAUUUGAACAUAUUUACAGAUUUCUGCUCAUUAAAUGUUUUAAUUUCUGACUGAAAUAUUUUAUAUCAUUUUAUUCAUUUGUUACAUUUUACUUUCAUGUUAAAGUGAAUUUAAAGACAAAAGUUUAAUUUUAAUUCUCCACAUUGAUCUAAAACCUCUGAUCUAAUUUAUUACCAAAAGAUCAUGAAAUAAUUUGAUCACUAAUAAUUAAUCAAUAUAUUUAGUCAGACAUGAAGAUCUAGAAUGAGUUUUUCUAUACAUGUUACUAUUAACAGUGUUCAUAUUCUAUGCUUGUAUAUCUACUAGAAUAAUCUGCUUGUGUUUUUUAUUUCUUGUGAAUCUUUACAUGAAUAUUAAAUAUUUAGAUGAAUAUUAAAUAUUUAGAUGAAUAUUAAAUAUUUAGAUGAAUAUUAAAUAUUUAGAUGAAUAUUAAAUAUUUAGAUGAAUAUUAAAUAUUUAGAUGAAUAUUUUACAUUUUGCUCGGCGCUUUAAAGUUAAUCUGGAUUUUUCUGAGUUUUUUUCUGCUGGUUUUAUUUUCAUUCAGGAUGAAAAAAUAUUUUUUAUUUUAAAUUUGACUCAGUUUAUUGGAUGUUUCCUGAAUCUGCAGAAUCAAAUUAAUAAUCAUUUGACUUAUUGAUUUAUUGAUUUCUCUCAGCUGAUCACUAAUAACAGAUGAACUGAUUGGUACUGAAGGUUAAUCAAUAUUUAUUUAAUCAUAAAUAUUUAAUUUGCUGGACUCCAUGGAUAAACAGUGUUUCUAUUAAUUUGGCUGGAAAAUAACUUUUAAUUUUCAGACCAAAUCAGUUUCCAGAUUUUAUAGAUUUUUUUUAGUUUAAAAUAAAAAUAUAAAAUAUUUGUAAAACUUUGUUUCUUUACUGAUUUAUUUCUUCCCUUCAGGGAGUCGACCUGAAUUCAAACUAAAUCCAAACUAAAACAUCCUGCUUGGUUCUGAGAGCCGAUUUCACUCUGAACUACAGAAAAACAAAAAGU